AUGGCAACAUUUCUGGUGCCUUUCUCCUCCCCAUCCUCCUCUCUGUGGCCGCAGGCUGAAGGACCACCCAAGUUCCACGAGGCAGGGCGGAGCCUGGUGGAGUGGGGCGUGGGGAUGACCAGUGACCCUCCCUACUCACCCAUGUGGCCAGCCGUGGGGUGCCCUGGGCUGCACCCCGAGUCCCUGGAUCAUGGCACCCUGCAGCUGCUGUGGAGGCAACGGGAACUGGAGAUUCAGGCCCUGCGAUGGAGCCUUCGGAACCAACACGAUACCCGGAGGUGCUACAUCUUGCAGGAAGUGGCCGGAUGUUCGACACGGGACUGGCUCAGCCAGGAGAAACUUCUCCAGAGAGAGAUCCAUAAGUUGACUCAGGAGCUGCAGGAGCAGAAGGAGCAGGCGAGGCUGGAGAAGGAGCAGCUGGAGGCGACGCUGCUGCAGAACUACGAAGCUGUGCAGCGUCUAGAGGCUGAACUCCACGGCUACCGCCAGUCCUGCCUCUUGCAGCUGGCUCGGUCCUCCUGGGUGGGCCGCGUGCUGCACUCGUCCAUGGGCAGUGUGGAGGUGUUGACCACCGACAACCUGAUGGACAUCACCCUCAGUGACUCCUCGGAGGAUGGGCAGUCCCACGCUACUGGGCAGGGAUUCCGGAUGGAGGACGUGGAUUGGAACAGCAUCGCCCAGCGGUAUCCCAACCUCCUAAGCAACAUGGCACUCAGCACAGAUGACAAGUUCCUGCAGGCACCAUACAGUCAGCACACGGAGCCUCACAAGAGCGUGGAGUGGGGCUUCCUGCCCAGCAGCAAGGAGGGGACCGACUCAGAUUUGAGCAGUGACUUUUUGUCUGAAUGCUACGAGGAGCAGGUGGUGCCUGAGAAGCCACCCAGCAUGCCAGCUUCGGGAAAGAUGGACACGCAGGCCAAGGGGCUGAGUGCUGAGGCUCAGGACGGCCUCCAUCCCCGGCCCUCGCAAACACCAUCAGAGGAGUCGGUGAAGACAGUGGUGGUGCCCACGACCUUUGUGAACGUCGACAGCCCGAAGCCUAGCCCCAGAGUGCAGAGCUCCAGCCUGAAGAUCGUGGCCGUGAACCAGCGUGAGCGCUACAUUCGCAUCCUCAACGAGUCGCCCGAGGAGACCGUGGACCUGUCCCAGCACUUGCUGGUGCAGCGGGUCCGAGACUUCCCCGUCUGCAUGUACCGCUUCCCGGAGGAAACGCUGCUGGGGCCGCUCCAUCACAUCACGGUCAUCAGCCUCUUCCAGACCCCGCACCGCGUGUCCGAGGUCUCCAGGCUCUUUGACGACAACACUGACCUGUCCAUCGACUGCUUCCCGCUCAACGAGGCCGACACUGGCCCGCAGCGGCUCCAGCCUGGAGCCCCUGGCCUGGGUCACGGGUGUCGCCGGAGGACAGGGUCGGGACGCUCCGGCUUUGCCUUUUCCAAGCUCUCUCCCUGCCCCAGGCUGCUGCAAACCCAGCAUCUACCUCCCCAGGUGCCAUCUCGGCCCUCGAGUGUCCAGGCGGACCCCUCCCCAGACGCGCACGGAGGCCCCCAAGACACCCUCGCCGCCAGAAGGCGGAUUCAGCUGCCGCACCUGUCCAAGAGCAAGGCCCUGGAUCCUCUGGAGGUGCCGGAGCGAUCCGAGGGCACGGCCACGCAGAUGCCACAGCCUCUGCCGGUCAGCCCUGACCUCAAGCUGGGUUUGGACCGUUGCCUCCAGGAUACGAAGGGGCACAAGGUCCAGGUGUGCAGGAAACGCGUGGACCUGAACUGCCCCAUGGUGGCCCUGUCGGUGCAGAACACGGCCGAGAGCAGGUUUGGCUUCCGCUUCCUCACCUACCCGCCCAUCACCACGGCCCCCCUGGUGUGCUCGAGGCGGGUGUAG